CGUUAUAUUUAAGCCAACCCUGCGCUUCAUAUAUGAAGCAAAAUAAGAAAUUUUGCGUUCAUUGAAAAAUAAAGAAAUUUUAUAUUUUCAUAGAUAGAUUUUUAUUUAAAAAAGUUAGAAAAUAUGGCUUUUGCUUCUCCAAUGCCUUCUCAACAAUUUUUGUGGGAUGUUUUCCAGAAGGUUGAUCGUGAUCGUUCUGGAUACAUAUCUGCUGAUGAACUACAAGCUGCUUUGAGUAACGGUACCUGGACACCAUUCAAUCACGAAACAGUUCGUCUAAUGAUUGGAAUGUUUGAUAAGCAAAAUAAUGGUACAGUAAGCUUUCAAGAUUUUGGAGCUUUAUGGAAGUAUGUCACUGAUUGGCAAAAUUGUUUCCGAAGCUUUGAUACCGAUAACAGUGGAUCAAUCGAUAAGAAUGAGCUCAAGACAGCACUUACAUCUUUCGGUUAUCGACUAAGUGACUGGUUAGUUGAGAUGUUAGUCAGGAAAUUUGAUAGAAUUGGUCAGGGUACUAUCUUGUUUGAUGAUUUCAUUCAGUGCUGCGUACUUCUAUACACUCUAACAGCAUCUUUUCGCCAAUACGACACGAACCAAAGCGGAGUUAUCACAAUCCAUUAUGAGCAAUUUUUAAGCAUGGUUUUCAGCUUAAAAACAUAAAAUACUUAAAAAAAAUUUCCAAGGCAGUUGAAAGUGCCAAUUGAAACCCAAAUAUUUGUUAUCUAUUUUAUAUCUUGUUUCUUCUCCUUUUAUUCAAUUGAAACUUAUCUCCACAAUUUUAUAAUAUUAUCUAUUAAUAGAUAAUUUGCAACAAUAGACAAGCUUUUUUUUUGAAACAUACUAAGGAAAAGCUUCAAGGAAAAAUUCAAAUAAAGAUAACAAGAAAUCGUUUAAGAAUUAAAGUGCUAUAAGAGUAAUGAAGAGGUCAUAUAAAAACUACUAUUUGAAUGUUGUAAAUUAACGAAUUGAAUUUGUAAUUUUCAAUAAAUUCUUAAAUGAUUUAAAAGACAAAAAAUAAUUGUAGUUUAUGUAUUAAGAAAUUUGUAAAGAAAUAUAUUAAAAAAAUUGCUGAAAUUUCAAAC